GUGUCUGUACCACCCAUAGUGGAAACUCAUACAUGUCCGACAUUAUAUAGCAUUUUUUUUAAAAAUAUAUAUACAUACGUAUGAAGGCAGUAGACCAAUACCUUUACCGUGGAUUUAUUUUAUAUGUUUUUGUAGGUAUAUUAUAUACGUUAGACUUCAGCUGGGACUUGGCCAUGUGUCACUAAACAAAAUAUACAAAUUAUUUGCAUAAACCUAUGGAAGUAGACACACAUGUAACAGUUUAAACUCGUGUGGACUAUAAUCUGUGAUACCAGCGGAGAGCAGACGACCAGCUGAUCUUUGUUUUUAUCCUUUUUUGCCUCUUCACAGACGAUUUUGUGUAUACAUUUCUUUUCACGUGGGGUUCGGCGUACGUAGCUAAAGGAUUUGGAAUCUUGUGCUCAUCAGCUUGUUAUUACCUUUACUGUGUUACUAUUUUUGCGUGUGAAGUCGUGUAUGUGUGGGAAAUUUUGAGCAGUUUCGAGUACCGCCCUUUUUAGGGGCUAAAAUCAUGGCAAGUCACGCAAGCAUGGACACUUACAAGGAUGAGUAAGGUUGUGAAGAAAAGACGAAAGGGUGUACUUUUUGGAUCUGGUGAUAUUUUGAGUGAAGUGAUUCCGUGAUCAGAUUUUGUAUGUGGAUGUUAACCGAAGAAGGGAACUUAUGACAACAGUACUGGAUGAGAAAGUGAUGCCGUCUAAAGACGACGAAUCAGUGGGUUCUGUUGGCAGUCCCGGAAGUACAAGCAAUGGCGCCACCAACGUGACGAAGAAGCACCGGACAAAACGAGUGUUAAGGGUUGAAGAGGAAGAGAACGGACACAGCGGCGUCAACCAGCUAGGAGGGGUGUUUGUGAACGGACGUCCUCUUCCAGACUCAACUCGGCAACGUAUUGUAGAGCUAGCCCAUAGUGGGGCCCGUCCGUGUGAUAUAUCCAGAAUUCUCCAGGUUUCCAACGGCUGUGUUAGCAAAAUACUAGGCCGUUAUUAUGAAACCGGCUCGAUACGGCCUCGAGCGAUAGGUGGUAGUAAGCCAAGAGUGGCUACCAAUGACGUGGUGGGCAAAAUAGCCCAAUACAAGAGGGAGUGCCCAUCAAUUUUCGCCUGGGAAAUAAGGGAUCGGUUGCUAUCCGACGGAUGCUGUAACCAGGACAACAUCCCUAGUGUAUCUUCUAUCAACCGAGUCCUACGGAACUUGUGUACUGAUAAUCAGAAAGUUAUGGGACAAGGUGCAAUGUACGAUAAACUGGGUCUAUUAAACGGACAGUCGUGGCCACGCCCUAACCCUUGGUAUACGUCUAACAUGUCCAUGGCUGGAUUAGGACCCCCCGCGCCUUACCCUACACAUCAAAGCUCCACCCCACUCUGCAUAGACAAGAAAAGUAAUGACAGUUCCGCAUCAGAAACGAACAGUGAAAAUCAGAAUGGGCACACGGAUGAACAGGUGCGCUUACGCCUCAAACGCAAAUUGCAGAGGAACAGAACCUCAUUUACAGCUUCCCAGAUUGAGUCGUUAGAAAAAGAAUUUGAGCGGACGCAUUAUCCAGAUGUUUUUGCACGUGAGCGGUUAGCUCAAAAAAUUGAUCUCCCUGAAGCCAGAAUACAGGUAUGGUUUUCAAAUAGAAGAGCAAAAUGGAGAAGAGAAGAAAAACUACGUAAUCAGAGAAGAGAAGUACCGAAUGGAUCUACGAGACUACCUAUCAACAGCAGCUUUCCGAACGGAAUGUAUCCGUCAAUACAUCAACAAAUAGGCACCAUUGCAGAGCCAUACAGUACAAUGCCCACCGUACCAACAUACUCGCUUGCAAACAAUCUCCAGACCAACCCUGCCUGUCUUCAGUCCGCAAACACCUCAUCUUACUCCUGUAUGUUACCAGACUACUCUGGCCGCGGGUACGAUCCUCUGUCUCUUAGCAGCUACUCCCGUCCCCCGUGCAACACCGCAGCAAGCAUGCAGAGCCAUAUGGCGCACAAUUCCCAUAAUGGAUCUUCUACGGGUCUUAUAUCUCCGGGUGUGUCAGUUCCAAUACAAGUGCCCGGGGGUGGGCCACAGGACAUGAGUGCUCAUCAUCAUAUGGGGACAAUGCCAACGCAAUAUUGGCCUAGACUACAAUGAUAGUUCCAUAAACACAUCCUAUAUGUGAUGACAAUUUGUCCAAAACUUCGGAAGUUAUCUUCCCGAAACUCAAGCUCAGUCGUGCUAUAUUAUGAUUGGUCCAGAUGAAGUCAACCUCCGAAUCUGACCAAUAGGUAGAGAAUAAAUAACGCGAUAUUCCAAUAUAUAAGAAAAGAAGGAUACUCUCUGACUGGCAAACAAAUCUGGAUUCGGUGACAUCGGAAUGUGACGGUUCAUCAUCGAUAUUAUUUAAGCAACUGUUAUUAUUGCAGUUAUGUGACAAGGAACAACCGAAUGAAGAAUUCACAAAGCGAAAACAGUCAGUUGUCUGAUAGACAUUUCUUUGAAAAGAGGAAAGAGGAUGUUGCGACCGCAGUGCAGCAGCCAUAAACAAUGUCUAUUUUGGUUUCCAGACACUGGGUCUGCAAUGCUGUUUCAGCUUUUCUGAAAUUGGAUUAAAUGGACACAGAACAUGAUCUGGAACUGCCUAUAAAUAAGAAACUGUUCGGUAUCUGUGAUCAAACAUAGUAUCAACUAUUCAUUGCCAGUAUUUAGUGCUCAGGAAAUUACUCUAUAUCGUGGCGCACCCUACCGGUAGUGCUUCGAACGAUUUGUCAUUGGUAACCAAUAGUUACGUUAACAGUCAAGGGCCGCCAUUGGUCCGCCAUCUUUGUUAUCAUCGUUGAAAUCCGUGUUCACGAAAGCCGCUCAGAAGCGAUUGGUAAAUAAUGGGGGACAUUAAGGAUAAGAGUCCUAAAAUAUCCAGUCAAUCACAAACAUCACAGCGACGUUCGGAUGGAUUCUCAAGAUUUUAGUUCGAAUGUUCAAAGUUGGGGCAAAUUUGUAAAUGUAGUGUAGAACGAUACAAUUGCUCUGUUGAUCGCAAGCGUCGCUACAUUGCUUGACCUGACGAUUACAAUGUUAGUUCUAAGUUGUAUGUACAAAUUGGUAUUGCUAUAAAGAUUCUUGUUUUAAUUGAAACAAAUGUUGGAUAAUUUGACGCGAUAUUUACCAAAUGGUGUUUUUAGCAUCAACCUAAAGCUCAAUGAUGAGAAUGAUUUUGUCAAUUUCUGUCAUUGCUGUCGUUUUCAAUCUUAAGACGUACUUAUCUUAAUUUGACUUAAUGGAAAAGACGCACGAUAUUUAUCGAAACUGUAGAAAUGUAUGUGAAGAGGACAAGCAUUAACUCAAUAUAGAUGUAUUCUAUUACAAUUCUUGCCUUGGUUUAUGUUGCACAUUUUAAGCAACGUAUACUUAUUUGCACGAUACAAGGUAAUAAAUAUGUGGCACAAUUUUUUUCAAUCUUUUGGCUGUUUAUAUUGGGAAAAAAAAUCAAUAACUUUUUACCUCUACUUUUUUAUAAACAUAAAUUGAAACUUUUGAUUCAAAUAUUAAUAUAAACUAUUGCUAAAUUAAUUCUACGCGCUAGUGUAUCCGACGCAUUGCUUUUACAAAGGCAAAUACAAUAUAUAUGCCUCCAUGCACAAAUUAUCAGAGAAAAAUAUCUUUCGCGUAACUUAUGUAAAAAAGAAUACAGUUCAUUUUUGAAAAUAAUAAAUAGCGUAAGAAAAUCACAUUAGUAUUUGUAAUAGUUAGCGUGAAAAGGUAAAUGUUUUCUAUAUAUAAAUAUAUAGCUAUAUACAUAUUGUCUUACGAGCUCAAAUUUGUUGUUCUUAUUUGUCAUAGAUAUUCAGAAAGUGAAGAGUGUCCAUAUGUUAUAAGACGAUAAUCGGUCGUAAGAGAAGAGAGCAUGUAUCGUCUGAUUGCCUAUAUGUUCUGUGAGUUGAUAUCUCAAAAGAAAGUGUGAAUGUUUUUAUAUAUGUAUUACAUUUUAAAUCUUUAUUGUGACAUUUUACACAAACAUUACACGAUAAAUAACACACAAUGUACCUGAAUCUCACAAGUUCACUUAUUUAUUAUAUGUACAUAACGUUUGUUAUUUUUUUAUAGUAUUUGUCAGAUUUAGUUAGCUCAGAAAAGAAUAUACUUUUCUGUAUUAUGAAGAGCACUUCUCAACUUGAGUUAAUUGUGCUCCCAUCCCAUCCAAAAGAGACCCUUUUUUUGUUAUAUUAUUGUACUAAAGUUUGAAAAGAAAUACGCAAUUUUUUGUUAUGCUACAAUUAAUGAUUGUUUUCUUUUUGUAAAAAUGCUAACAGUUUGUUAGGGUUAUGUCUGCAAAGUUAUUCCCCAUGUGCCCCCUCUCCUGUCUCCGGAGCCCUGCUACUCUGUGAGUGAUGGUCUUAGUAAUUGUGAUCUCAACCUGCGUUCAAUACCUCCAAGUAUGAUGAUAUCUUGCAAUGCCAUGGUCCAUUGUCAUAACGAUUAUGACAUGUUUUAUUUCAAAACAAAAUAAUAUCUUUAAAAUAUUAGAUUUCUUUUUUAACUUCUUCAAUGAAAUAGACAUUUUAAUUAAUCAAUGUAACAAGUAAUGGAAUGAUAUGGCAUUGAUUCAUCAAACUUGGAUCUACUGGACUCAAAUUCCUUUAGCUCCGAAAUGGUAAAACAGUUAUAUCAAGACUUAUACUAGGGUCUGCUCAAAAGUAUUAAUCAAUUUUAAGUCAUGUAAGUCUCAGUUUAGAACAGUCAAUAUGUAAACGAUAAUCUUUCAUUGAAAAUUUAUAUUCAACUUUGAGCGAAAUCCUUGCUUGUGAAAUGGCUUGAGUCUUGAAAAGUUUUAUUAUUUCGGGGUCAAUUUUUAUUCAUCCGAACAACAUACCUCGCUUUUUGCAUAUUAGUGUUCAUUUAUUGACGAUUCUACUUUAGAAUUGUCUUACAUCACAAAGCCAGCAAAAUUAAUGAUAUGUUAAAUAAAUAGCAA